AUGGCUCUCAGAUGGGAUUUGCUUUGGCGCCUACGGGGACUUGACAUUUCUAAAGGGAAAAUAGAUGUUGGCACUGGCGACUAUGCCCUCUUCCCUUCCAAAAGAACAAAGUCGUGGCAGCGCAGAGGUUGGUUAAAUGACGACAGCUCCUCAUGGCUGCCUCUCCUUCGGUGCCUCUUCGAUGCCUGUCCCCCGAAUUCUUACUCCACCGCUGUACAAAACGCAGUUUUUGCUUGUCAACACUCGGUUCUGGAUGGAAAUGAAGUUGUGCAGCGGGAUAAAGAUCUUCUUCCGAGGGAAGUAGACCCUAGCUUCCCCGAUGGACACCCUGUUCAUGAGGCGCCUGAUGGUACUCUAGUGCUCCCACCGCCCGACAUCAAUCUAGUAAGGGGGCCGGAAGAUCGACUUACCACGGACCCCCGCGCAACCGCCAAGUUUGCCGGGUCUCGUUUUGGCGGCAAAGAAGGUGCUUUAUAUGGUCCGGGAUCAGGCGGACUUGGCACACCCGGUACUGGUAACGGAGUUCCCCCUGUCCAGGGCCCUUGGGCGACGACAUUUCCUGGACUCAACGGUCCAAUUGUAGUAGGGACACCCGGCACACUGCCUGUCGAAGGAAAUACUCCUCAACCAUCACCACCUGCAGCCCCGAGCACAGGAUUUCCAGGGGAAGGCUAUGAUGGUGAGGAACCGUCUGGAGAAAAUCCAACAGACCCAAACAAGCCGAACGGGGCGGGUGCAUCACCCAAUAUUGUACCUCCUCCGGUUCAGUCAGCUAUACCUAUUCCGCCCAUCCCAGCUUCUCCUGGUGAAGUCGUCGACCCAGAGGACUGCGAAACCCAAUCGAAUUUGCCAGUCUUGGGCCGACCGACUGACCUUCCCAUCGCCAACCCGACUCCUGUGAAUCCUCUACCUGUCAUCUCAACUAUUGUUGUCCCACCAACUACGGUACUUUCUACAGUGAUUGUUGUCUCGACAGUGGCAACCACCAUGACGGAAACUAUUUCGGUCCCCUCGCCAGUCAUGACUACAGUCACGGUGGCGACGCCUUCGCCAGUGCCCACUACCAUAACAGUGACUACUCCAAGACCUGAAUGGACCACAGUCACCGUGCCUUCACCCUUCCCGGUUACAAGAAUAUCGACGGUUGUCGUGGCCUCGCCAUCUCCCGUUCCCGUACCUUCGCCGGUAACGGUUGAUCGCCCUGUGUAUGUGACACAGUUCAUCCCACAGCCAGCACCUGAGCUUGUUACCGUCUUUGCUGCGCCACAACCACCCACGAUCGUCAACCAGCCAUCUGUGAUUACUGUUCUAGCACCUCAGCCAGCAGUACAGACAAUGGCACUACAAACAAUAACCGUCAUGGCUGCGGUUCCGGUUCCCUCUGCCGGUGCCGGACAGGCUUACAAUGGAGGCUUCAACCCCUUUGUCAACAUUCCCAGUCCCGGGAUUUCUUGGGCGCCUGGUAGCCAAGCAGGCUCCUUUCCGCUGGGAAACAGUGUCGGCGGUAUUCCGGCUGUGGGUCAGCUUCCUGGAUCCGCGCCCGUUUCGAAUAGCGGCCAGGGCGGUGCCGUAGUGCCUGGAAACCUGGGCAACGGCCAGGGACAUGGCCCUGAAAACGGUGUCGUCGGAAAUAGCUCCCCCGGAGCCGCUGGGCUAUCGAACAAUGGUAGCCCACCCCCAAGCAUCGGUGUCGGCAAUAACCAGCCUAACAUACCCAGGGCCGGCGACUCGCCAAAUAAUGUUCCCGGUAUCAUUGGUUCCCCGAGUGGUGCGGCCGCUGGGAACGUCCACCCCGGUGCCCCCGGAUCAUCCGCAAGCAAUGGUCCUCUGGCCGGUGUCGGCGUUGGUGGCAGUUCCAAUGGACAGCUGGUAAAUGCUCCCAUCCUAGGUGGGGCUAGCAACGGCCUAGGGGGAGUCUUGGGCACCCCAAGCAGCAACGGUGGUUCUGUUGUAGGGAACACACAUGGCAGCACUGGUCCUCUCGUCGGUGUCGGUGUUGGAGAAAGCGCUCACGGGCAGCUGGUAGAUGCUACUAUACUCGGCGGGGCGAGCAACGGUCUUGGGGGCAUCCUAGGUACGCCGAGAAACAGUGGCAGUUCAACUGGAGGGAAUACACCUGGCACCUCUGGCCCUCUCGUGGGCGUCGGAGUUGGAGAAAGCUCCCAUGGACAGCUGGUAGAUGCUACCAUACUUGGCGGUGCGAACAAUCAUGGCGUGGGCGGCAGCAGCAGCAAUGGGAUACUGGACGUCAGCGUCGGCCCCUUGGCAGAUAUCAGUGUGGGUAGCGGAGGCCUCGGCGGCCUGCUUGGCACAGGUUCACCAAGCCCCUUGGGCACUGGCAACCAGGCCUCACUUCUGAACGUUGAUGUCCUUCCCGGCGCUGGUAGUGGCCUGGUGGGAGGGAGCAGGACCGCUGGUCGGUCCAUCACCAGUCAAGAUAUGCCGGCAGGACUGCUCCUUGCUUACGGCGACCUUAGCUUGUCUUCGCGUUCGACAAGCACCAAGCCAGGUCUUGUUAGUCCCCCUGACCAAAACUUUCCUGGAGUUCCGCAUACUCCCAAUGAUGCGACAGGGAUUAUCUCCUCGACCGUGUUCAAGACAACCACAUCGUCUUCAACACUUACAGUCCCUCGCGAACAUCCUCCGAAAGACGAGGUCAACUCAAGAACGACACCACAUGUGCCUUGGGUUACUGUUGUAACCACGCCACCUAACUCACCGCCUGGAACCUCGUUUUCCCCAAGUGUGCCAAACGCGCCCUCAGAACCCAUAGUUCCGCAGACGCCGAACGCACCUGGGUCUCCAAACCUCCCGCCAAGCACACCGGGUAUUCCCGUCGGUCCAAAUUUCCCAGGCACCCCCAAUGUUCCCAACACCCCAGUCGUACCAGGAACGUGGAACACUCCAAAAAGUCCAAGUCCUCCCGGUACCCCAGGAAUCCCCAAUACGCCUGUGGUUCCAGGGACAUGGAAUACACCAGGAGUCCCAAGCUCGCCCCGUCCUCCAGGGAUCCCCGACACACCUAACCCGCCAAACACUCCUUUCACGCCAAAUGGAGCAGAAUUUUGGAGUGGCUUCUCUCAACAGGCGCCAGGGCAGACAGUCCGUGUUUGGACACCUAGCGGCAGCAUUAUCUCAACCCCAGGAACCAGCUCCGUACCAUCCACGCCAAACAGGCCUGUACCUUCAGGCCCGGGAACUACUGGGACGGGUUCUACCACUUUCACUCCGCCAAGCCCAGGCGCACCACCACCAGCUAAUGUUCAGAGCUCCCCACCGCCAGCAGGAGAGCUGUCAACGCAGUCAACUCCAGGUUUGAUGAUUAGCCAGCCUCUACCGUGGCCACAGACUUGGACCCGACCACCAGGAAGUUCGAUCAACUCAAGGUCGACUUUCACCAGACAAGAACCUCCGCCUGAAAGUCCUCCAGAUGAUGUGCCUCCUAGCAGCCCGCCGCCGCAGAUGCCACCUCCGGCAAUGCCUCCUGUAGAGCAGUCUAACGUGUUCACAAUGCUGACCACGCCCACUCAAGGGACACCUUCUGUGGAAACGCCUCCUGCUUUGCCCCCUUUGCCUGAUACCCCACCUGGCCAGCCUCCUGCUGAAGUCUCACCUCCUCCUGACAGUCCUCCUGAUGUAGAGCCCCCGUCCCCGCCUAUCACUCAACUUACCACACCGACCAUAGGGCCAGAUAUACUUACGGUCUCCGUCAGCACGGAAACUUCACCUCAAGCAACCCCUCCCACAACUGGCCCGACACCUACAGGAGCUGCGAUCAGCGCACAUCUUCCAAUAAUAUCCACGAUUACUCCAAUCACUCCUUCGCAGCCGCCAGGAGUGCCAACAGGUUCCUUGCCAACGCCGACUCCCGAAGAAACAGGCGCACCACGUCCACCAGGAGUGAUUGAUGGUCCCCCAGAUGUCUCGCAGCCGCCUGUGCCUCCUGCAGAUGCUCCCCCGUCUGAUGGACUUACGCCGCCGGGUGGGAGUCAGCCCUUGUUCAUCUCGACCAUUGCAAGAACUACGACAUUCACACCACCGGGUCAAACCUCGCCGGUCUUGUCAAUCACAGAGAUUACCAUGACCUUCAGUGGAAGCAAUGCCACGCCAGGUCCAAGUGUAAACCUGCCACCUGGGAUCCCACAGCCGACACAGGUGAAUGGAUCUUUAUCCGAGCGCCCAGGAGGCGGGACGACCUUGACAUCGAUCUUUAGACCCAACAGCACAAUUACACAAACUGAGACGGGGACGGGGACUCCCCCGCUGGAUCAGCCGCCGCAGUUCACCGGAGAUGCUGCAAGGAAGCGCUCGUUCGGAAUGGUUAUCAUCACAGCACUGGCUUUGCUUGUCUAUUUUGGCAUUUGA